GCGCUAUGAGUGUGGGCAGGAAGAGCGUGUGAGAGCGCAUUGAUCAUUGCUUGCACAGAGGCAUUGCACAAGGAUCUGCUGGGGCUCAACAUGUUACAUAUCUAAUGCGGGGGCACGGUCUAAAUCAAUUCCAUUCUCAUCCAAAACACAGAUCCUGCAAGAUCACCCCCAAGAUUCAGCGAAAGGGAUCGAAAACAACGGCCAGAGGCAAAGAGCUGGUUGCGGUUUGAAAACGUAGGGGUGGCCAGCGGGUGCAAAGCGCAUUUGAGAAGACGGCAGCGGGAGAGAGGCUGUUUCAGGAGCCAUGAGAGAAUACAAAGUAGUCGUACUUGGAUCUGGCGGAGUCGGCAAAUCAGCAUUGACUGUUCAGUUUGUAACUGGAUCCUUUAUAGAAAAAUAUGAUCCCACAAUCGAAGAUUUCUACAGAAAGGAAAUCGAAGUGGAUUCGUCGCCCUCGGUGCUGGAAAUAUUGGACACGGCGGGGACUGAGCAGUUCGCCUCCAUGAGAGAUCUGUAUAUCAAAAACGGGCAGGGCUUUAUUUUGGUCUACAGCCUGGUGAACCAACAGAGCUUCCAAGAUAUCAAACCAAUGAGGGAUCAAAUCAUCCGAGUCAAAAGGUACGAGCGGGUGCCGAUGAUCUUGGUGGGGAACAAAGUGGAUUUGGAGGGUGAGCGAGAAGUCUCUUCCGGGGAAGGCAAGGCUUUGGCCGAUGAGUGGAAUUGCCCGUUUAUGGAAACUUCAGCCAAAAAUAAAGGCUUGGUCGACGAACUGUUUGCAGAGAUUGUCAGACAAAUGAACUAUGCUUCAGUGCCAAACGGGGAAGACCAGUGCUGCUCGUCGUGUGUUAUUCUUUAAAGACACAUUUACAUUUUCUUUAAGUUUGCAAUGUGUGUUGCAGGGAUUCUUGACUGAGUUGAGUUCUUCGCGUCUCCUGCCGGCCUGGAACGGAAUGAGAACACUCCCAGGGGAGGGUCCCUCCUUGGGAUCCUGGGAGUAGAGUCUCUCUUCAGGAAUUCGGCGUGUUUGGAGUAUCUUUGCAAUACUCUCACUGUACACCGUUGAUGUCUACAAAAGUGGCGAAGCUUAAACUCCAGUCGCAACGUGCACUCUUAACUGGAACUUAACCCCAACUCGGAUGUUGAAAAAGACUUGGAAGCAACGUUUCUUCAAGAGAAGAAAAUGAGAUCAAAUCAGAUUUAUAUUUUGUAACUGAUAAAUAGGAGUGGGGUUGGAAAGCUCGGUGGUAUUUUCCCCAUUGUGAAUCGUACAAUACGUAAAGUUCUAUUUGUAUUUUUCAUUUUGCUGGUGACGUCAAAAUAGGAGACUGCUUCAACUAACGAGUGCCACCCUUCAGCGUGCGCCAGGACCUUACUGUCAUGACGUGGGGCCGCAGACAGCCCCAUGUCUAGUGCCUUCCAGUAUCAGCCGUUCUAUUUAGUGCCAAUCUGAGUCUCCUCAAGAAUCUCAUUAUAUGGCAAUCCACAGAGUGCUUAACUGUUUCACUCUAGUUAAUCUCAUGGGGUAAAAUCUAAACAAAAGGCCUAUUGUUAAUGAAAUGGCGGUUUCCUUCUUUUCUGUCUAAGUUUGGCCUUUGAAAUGUACGUUUUAUAUAUGGUUGAGAUUUUACUGAAUUUUAAUUUAAAUUCACAGGUACUGCAAUCCCCCCAAAGUGACACCACUAAACACUGCACACAGACCAGCUAAAGAAAAGGGUUUAAAAAGAAUAUGUUUUGUUUGUUUUUUAACAAGAUGUGAUGUACCAUUGAAUUUCUAACCUGAUUGUAAUUUUAAUUUCAGACCAGCCUUUUAACAGCUGUAUGUCUGUUUUAAGACUUUUAAUACAAAGUGCAUUUUUAAAAAAAUGGAA